AUCCAUUGUUGAAUUGAAAAUUGUAACUUACCUCUUUUCGUAACACUACAAAUACAUUCCCAACUCUUUCUUUCUUUCUGCAAUUCCAAUGUUAUCAUCGUAAGUCGUAACACAACAACAACAACAUUCGUUAUCAACAACAACAACCUUCUACACUUCGUACUCUUGUCUUGUUUUUUUCUAGAUAAUUAACUACUACUACAUACUAAUACAUAUACUUAAUUGUAUAAUUAAUCAUAAUUGGUAACGAUAAGUCGAUAAUUAGUUACGACUUAGUAAAUUAAACGAUACGAAUGGCGGUCGUUUUUGUAAUAUUGCUGGUGAUGCUAGCGGCGGCGACGGUUAUUUCUGGAUCGCCGGUGACUCUCACGUUAGAAAGAGCGUUUCCGACGAAUCAUGGAGUGGAGAUGAAUCAGCUCAGAGCGAGGGAUUUGUUGAGACAUCGGAGAAUUUUGCAGUCUUCAAACGGUGUUGUUGAUUUUGAUGUUCAUGGUACCUUCGAUCCAUUCCAAGUCGGGCUAUAUUUUACAAAGGUGCAGUUAGGUACUCCUCCGGUAGAAUUUUAUGUGCAAAUUGACACUGGAAGUGAUGUUCUUUGGGUCAGUUGCAGCUCCUGUACUGGUUGUCCACAGACAAGUGGGCUACAGAUUGAGCUUAAUUUUUUCGACACGGGGCGUUCAUCGACGUCGUCAUUAAUCUCUUGUUCUGACCGAAGGUGCAACAGUGGGAUACAGUCAUCAGAUGCGACCUGUUCCAGUCAAAACAACCAGUGUUCUUACACUUUCCAGUAUGGAGAUGGUAGUGGAACAUCAGGCUAUUAUGUGUCAGAUACGAUGCAUUUGGAUACUAUUUUCGAGGGAUCUGUGGCUACAAAUUCUUCAGCUCCUGUAGUUUUUGGUUGUAGUAACCAGCAGAGUGGAGACUUGACAAAAUCCGACAGAGCAGUUGACGGAAUAUUUGGAUUCGGGCAACAGGAAAUGUCUGUGAUCUCCCAGCUCUCCUCACAAGGGAUUGCUCCUAGAGUAUUCUCACAUUGUCUUAGAGGUGAUAGCACUGGUGGAGGAGUUUUGGUUCUUGGUGAGAUUGUGGAACCUAACAUCGUCUAUACUCCACUUGUUCCAUCACAGCCUCACUACAACUUAAAUCUACAGAGCAUCUCUGUCAACGGCCAAGCUUUGCAAAUCGAUGCAUCAGUUUUCGCUACAUCAAGCAACAACAGAGGUACCAUUGUUGAUUCUGGAACAACUUUGGCAUACCUCGCAGAAGAGGCUUAUGAUCCCUUUGUCAAUGCGAUUACAGCUACAAUACCACAAUCUGUACGCACUGUUGUUUCUAGGGGAAAUCAGUGUUUCUUAAUUACUAGCAGUGUCGCUGAUAUUUUUCCUCAAGUAAGUCUGAACUUUGCCGGUGGUGCAUCAAUGGUAUUGAGACCACAGGACUACCUUAUACAACAAAGUUCUGUUAGUAGUGCAGCAGUGUGGUGCAUUGGCUUUCAGAAAAUCCAGGGUCAAGGGGUGACAAUUCUAGGAGAUCUCGUAUUAAAAGACAAAAUUAUUGUUUAUGAUCUGGCCGGUCAACGUAUUGGAUGGGCUAACUAUGACUGUUCUUUGUCGGUAAACGUCUCUGCAGCAACUGGCACUGGCAGAAGUGAAUAUGUGAAUGCCGGAGAGAUAAGUGGGAGCACUUCUUUACAUGAUAUACAUAAGCAUCCAAAGACAGUAUUCUUGUCUCUCUUUUUAGCAUUGAUUUGCUGCUUUGUGUUUUUAUAGCAGUGAUUGAUGCACUGUGGAAUAUAGAUCUAAUAUUCUUUUUCCUAUGUAAAUUCUAUUUCCACUGUAUAUUUGUGAUAAUAGAAGAGACCUCAUAUUAUUUUCAA